UUCAAGUAAACUCCGUUAACAGCUAGAUUAACUAAUAUUUUGUUAAAAAAAGAUUUUUGCCAAAUGACGCUUUCACGAAUGGGGCAGUUAAAAUAAUUUGUAACUAGAGCAGAUCGAGUCUCAUUCCCUCUUAAAAUCAACGCCCUUUCAUCACAUUGUAAACAGCUGCUACAAAUGUCACCACUAACACUGCACUAGAGCGCUGUAAGAUCUCCCAUUAAGAAAAAAGAAAGGACCUGAUAGACUUUCGAGCAUUACAAUGGCUUAGCACGUGCGUUGUAAAUCUUGGCACAUUUCGUAGCCGUAAUCUGCAAAACCACAACGUGAAACAAUAAAGUUCUGCGUAUCUUGGAUAAGUUAAUGCCCGGCGGCUAAUUUUUCGCAUUUUACUAUAUUGGGCAGAUCUUGAUGAUUGAGAAAUUGAGAAUGAAAUUCUAACAUAUAUUUGUUAGGUGUAAUCCUAGACGUCCUUAAUUGCUUGGAGGCUUUGUAAGAAUACAUUAUAGUCCCCUCCGCAGUCAACGCUCACCAUACUGAUGUUGCCUGACGAUACAAACAAAUAGCAACUGCGUAGGAGGGUGUAUUAAUGGUCAAGUUACCUUUAUGUAAACUUUAUUAACGAGCAGCUGUCGCAGCGAAACUCGCCUAUUGGUUACUGCAGCUGUAAAAUGAGUGCACAAUCCACCGUCACUUAACACUGGGCUUCAAUUACGGUUUCUAACAAGUUAACACCUCAAAUAGGUUCAACACGCACGUUCUGUAAAGUCCAACGUUUUUUGAAUGCCGGAUAAAAGGGUCCCCCGAACACCGCUAUGAAAAUGGUCAAUUUUGGAUUCUUAGUUUUCUUGGCCCUACUAGAACCCGUUUCAACCUGCUUGGAUGAUCAAUGCCGUGAAUUGGAGUUUCCAGGCUAUUAUUUCUUCUAUGGGGAACGACUGUUUAAUCACGUGAUAAGAACCAUCAAAGUGUUGGACCAGGAUUCCUGUGAACUGCAAUGCUACAUGGAACACAACUGUGUCAGCAUUAAUUUUGAUUUUACUGGGACACACAACUGUGACUUAAACAAUGCAACACAUAAACAGCACGAGAAGGACCUGGUGAAAACAGAAGGCUACGUAUACCAUGGAACAAAUAAUGCGUGUGGUAAGGCUCCUUGUCAGAACAGUGGAACAUGUCAAACAGGCUUUACAAGUAAAGGAUACCGCUGUUUAUGUAACCCAGGAUUCACGGGUGACAACUGUAAAUUUGAUAUUGACGAAUGCAAGGACGACCCACACAUUUGCGGCUUAAAUGCUCUCUGUAACAAUACCAAAGGAUCAUAUCAGUGUACCUGUAAUACCGGAUAUACUGGAAAUGGACACAGCUGUAGAGACAUUGACGAGUGCGUUCAAGGCACCCACAACUGCAGCAAAGAUGGCGCUUUGUGUAAUAAUACUGAGGGAUCGUUUAAUUGCACUUGUAAACCUGGAUUUACCGGAGAUGGAUACAGCUGCACAGAUAUUGACGCGUGUUCUCAGGGCUCCAUCAAAAACUGCAGUGAACAUGCUCAUUGUAACAAUACCGCUGGAUCAUACAAAUGUACAUGCAGGGAUGGAUAUUUUGGAGAUGGUCACAACUGCACGCUCGCUUUUAUCAUCAAUUCAGCGAUAUUAUCAAACAAUCAACAGUACCUACACCACUUGCACCUUUUCCUUGCACCGGAAGUCGGAAACAUUUCCCAGUGGUUAUUGUGUUACCGUCAGUCUUCACAUGGUGACUUGGACUCUACAUUUCACAAAAAUUGCGAUGGAAAAGAAAACACUGUUACCAUUGUAAAAGAAAAGGAGUUUGUAUUUGGAGGUUACACUGAUCUCCCGUGGGGUAAUUGUAGCUACUAUAUAUUAAUUUUUUUAAUAGAUAUUGACGCGUGUUCUCAGGGCUCCAUCAAAAACUGCAGUGAACAUGCUCAUUGUAACAAUACCGCUGGAUCAUACAAAUGUACAUGCAGGGAUGGAUAUUUUGGAGAUGGUCACAACUGCACGCUCGCUUUUAUCAUCAAUUCAGCGAUAUUAUCAAACAAUCAACAGUACCUACACCACUUGCACCUUUUCCUUGCACCGGAAGUCGGAAACAUUUCCCAGUGGUUAUUGUGUUACCGUCAGUCUUCACAUGGUGACUUGGACUCUACAUUUCACAAAAAUUGCGAUGGAAAAGAAAACACUGUUACCAUUGUAAAAGAAAAGGAGUUUGUAUUUGGAGGUUACACUGAUCUCCCGUGGGGUAAUUGUAGCUACUAUAUAUUUACAUAGGUUUAUGUUGUAGGCACAUCGUAUCUGCCUCUGAUCUAGCUGUUUGGCCGAUCUGUCUGUCUGUCUGACUGUCUGUCUGUCUGCCUGUAUGUUUGUCGUUUCCGUGCUUAACCAAAGUACAGUCCAUCAUUUACUUGUUCCCUGACCAGGGGCCUUUACGCGCAUUUUCGUCCACCACGAAAACUUCUACGCAACGAGUGUGGCAGCAUUAUCCGCCGAAGGAGUGGGCAUCAUGUCUGAAAAUAACUUGCAGGGAAUUAACUCGAGAAUAAGUGUUAUAACGGGGGAUAGGCUCUCUUACCCUUUCAUCUUCUCUUGCUAAUACAUCUGAC